AGAGAUUCAUGAAUCACUUAUUUUUCAAUUGCAUCUUGCUUAUUUCUUGUGUAAGGCGGUAUCUUAAAUAAAUUAAGAUAAAGUGAAAAAAUCAUAAUCUCUCAUCUUUCUCAUUAGAUACGUGUCCUACUUCACCCCCCACACCAACUAUAUGAUUCUGAUUUGCUACAUAGUCAAUACAUCAGAUUCACAAUUUCUUUUAACGUCUUUCAAUUUCAUGCAUUCUGCUGCCAAUUAAGGAAUUUUCACUUUGCUUGCAGUUGCAGCCUUCAACAGACAACUAACUUUCUUCCCUGCACAUCAUCACAUCACUUCUUAACUAUUUUUACCUUUCAAAUUCAGGCACCAUAUGCUAGUGUUAAUGGACAUUCUGUCGAACCGGGCCAAAGCUGAUGCUAAUGCUAAUGCAGAUUCUAAUAAAAUCUGUUCUAAUGAUUUUGAAUGCAACAUAUGUUUGGAGCAUGUAAAAGAUCCAGUGGUAACACUUUGUGGUCAUCUCUAUUGUUGGCCUUGUAUUUACAAAUGGAUCAAUAGCACCUCAUGGGAACAUAAUGAGAAACCAGAAUGUCCAAUAUGCAAAUCAGAAAUUUCAGAAUCAACUCUUGUUCCAUUAUAUGGUCGUGGCAAAACCACAUCAAGUUCUGAAGGUGAGGCUCAUCAAGAUGGGGUUGUUGUACCACCAAGACCACUUGGUCCAAGAUCACUUGAUACUGCAACUGUUUCACAACCUGAACUAGAACAAGCAGAAGCAGAAGCAGAAGCACCACCAGCACAGGAGAGUAGUUUGCACAUUUGCUUACAAUAUGGCCCAUAUAAGCUUGAUUUCCGGAAAUUUGAUUGAAUAUCAUAUGUGAUUUUUGAAAACUAAUAUCGCAUUAGCAUGUAUUGAAUCGGUAAAAACAUUUAUUCAAUUCUCCAUGAUUUUGCUUUA